UGCAGUCAUCAGCUGUGGCAGGCAUGAGACAAAUAUCUCAGAGGCAGGUGUGUAGGUGGAAGGAAAGGGGUGGUCGUCACCUCUCAGUCUCCGGACAUGAUCCAACCGUUGGAAACGCCUGUCUCAUCCGCCCAUAAACCUGUACAUUACUUGAUAAGUUGGUGUAUGAAAAGGAGGUAACGACCACAACAGCAGUGACAUGCUGAUCUGAUCAAUUAAGGGCAUUUCUGACGGUCAGCAUUAGGACUGUGCGUGAAAAACAAAUGAACCUUAUAUUGGACCGACAUUGGUGAAAAGUUGAAUCCAUGUAGAAUUUAAUAUAGGUGAAAUAUUAGUACAAGCUACAUUUUUCAAAGAUGGCAGCUAGACGUCCGCACUAGAGAGCCAUGCAGCAGCAACACAGCAACAGCAUCAGGUUUACUAUCAAGUACAAGAUGUACGAAUAUCUCAUAGAUUCUAUCCUGCUGUGCGAUUGUGAGAUGUGGACUCUACUUACUGGUGCUGAAAAACAAAUCCAGACUUUAAUUUCGAGAUCAAGUACCUCAGAAAACUCUAAAUUCCUACAUGAAACAAACGCAAGACCAAAGACUUGACUUAAGUGCUGUACUUCAGCUCUCCGUAACAACUGAUAGCAGCAAGCCAGCAUAAUCGAUGAUCAGCCGGUAUAAAUCUAUGGAUGAUGAUGAUGAAAACAAUGUUGGCCCAUACCAUCAAAUAUUUUUGCCUUCCAGCUCCAGGAAAGAAUAACAACAAAAAAAGUGAACAAAAUUGGCCAACAUGGAAGAAACAUGUACAUGGAUGGACCAGACUACCUUGUGAAUCCCGAACCUGCCCCCUUCACACCACAGAACUUCCUACACUACCAUGGCCUUCUUCCUUUUCCAAGGUCAUCUACAGUAUUAAAACGAAUUCCUUAUUCCAAACGACACCAAGACAUGUUUGGUGGCAGUGAGAAUAAUGGUACUAACCAGAGGGGAGUCAUACUUCACACAGAUCGUUAUGCAAAGUUUGAAUUACCGAAGGGAUUUGAAAGUAUCAGUUUAAACCAGAGGGAUCGCCUGCUGGCAGAAAUGGAGUACAUAGAAUAUUUACGUGGCAUCAGGCGAAGGCGAGAGUUGGUACCACAUCGAGCAGAACUGGACUUGUUUAUGGGUGGAAGAAAAAUAGAAUUUGAGGAAAGAUUUGAUCUGAAUCGUGAAAUCCAGAAGUUGAAGUCUAUGGCAAUGCCUGUAAAAGCGAGAGAUCUGUUCCAUGGCCGAGGCAUACAGCUACCAGAAACUCACAUGUCCCUGAAACCACGGCCUGUGCUUGAUAAUCACCUGAACAACGGUGACAUUGAUGACGAUGUCAGGUCAUCCGCACCCAGCAGUCUUCUUCGCCCACCACAGUCUUUAAUGCAGGACUUUGACAUGGCUGCAUUUCAGCGAGGGAUAUCUUUGUCACUUGUUGGAAUGCCACAAAUUCGAACAGCACCACGUAGCCACCGUUUUGGACCACUUCCUAGCAUCAGGAACAGAACUGGUAUAGCCCUUGAAGAAAGGCGAUCUCCAAUACUGCUGGCAAAAGAAAAGCGAAAUGUCACCAGCCUUCAAGCACGACUUUCUCUUCCUAGAUUCCAUCAUGAUGGAACUAGUCUGUCACAGUCACAGAGUACUAUUCCUCAGCCUGGCCGCAGUGCUGCUUCUUGGGUCCAUGAACAAAGAAAGUUCUUAAUGCGGCGACAGGGCACCAAUCAGAUAGAGACAGAUGUCACUGCUGAAGAUAAAGAGCAUUUGCCACCAGCCCCACCUCCUACAGCAGGUGGAACCACAACUGCUGGAAAGAAGUCAAAUCCCCUCAACCCCCUCAAGCGAGGAGUGGAGCUCAGUGUACCUGAAGAGCAAAUUUCAAACCUGCGACAAACAUUCCAGCGUCUUGACACGGACAAGGAUGGACAUUUACAGUAUGACCAGCUCCGAUCACAGCUGCCAAAAGAAUUUUCUAAGGAACAGGAGUACUUUGUCAAACAGGUUUAUGAACUCACAAGUCGUGACAGUUUCUUUGGUGUGGAUGAGUUCUUGAUGAUGUCUCAGCUUACAGAGAGAGUUGCUGGCCUAAUUGGAAAAGCUGCAGAAGCAUACGGGAGUCUAGACUUUGAUACUCUGGGUGACUUCAUUAUGAAAUAUGUGGACCAGUUUCAAGUGCAUGACAGCAGUCAAAGGGGUCAUAUAACACUGGGAGCAUUGAGAGAAGUGCUGUCACAGGCUACUGGCAAAAUCAUGGAUGAUGGGUCACCAGACUGGGAGAAAGUGAUGGAUUCCAUCAGCUUGGAUUAUGGCACACAGGUAAACAAGAUUGACUACCUGGCACACAUUCCUCUCUUUAUUACAAUGGAAGGUGGCCAGAAACAGUAGCAGCAGUAAGCAUCAGCCAGGGGUAGAUGGAUCAAGAUGGAAAGAUCAGAAUGAGAAUGAUGCUUAACAUAUGUGGACAUGAUACAUUCAUUUGGUUUUUUUUUAACUUGACAUGGAUAUAUGGAGCUCAGAAUGGAAUAAGAACUGUUUUAAAGGAUAAGCCUUGUUCUGUUGGGUGGAGAAUAGUGUUGGCACUUGCAGACUGAUCAGAUUUGUGUCAAGUACCAAAAAUCUUUGAUGAUUCCACAUUAAAUAAGUGGAAAUGUAAAAUAUCAGACGGAAAGAAAAAAAAGAGGAAAAUAUAAGUUUGAGUGAAAGAUAAUAUGUAAAAGAAGCUACAAAGAAAACAUGGAAAAUAUUGUGAAUGGGUGUUACUAGUUUAAGGAAAAAUAUUUUCAGCAUUUAUGUUUUGUUUUGAAGUUUUAAGAUCUUAGUAAUGCGAAUCUUCAUAACAUUAGGUACAUGCAUCUAUCAUACUUGGCAUCCUGUUGGUGUCAGCUUUGCUUGUAUUAUAUUUAGCAUCGUGUCAGGUGAAAGGAUGAUUCCUUGACAGGGUCUAAAGAAAUUUACAUUCACAUACUUUUGGCUUAAAUUGUGUGAAAGACAUGCUGUACAUAACCCAAAGAGGGUAAAGAUUAUUAUCCACAUAGAGUGCCACAGAGUAAUACAGAAAAUUAUGCUGUAAGACUUCAAGCUAUGUAGUUUGGACUGUAAGUAGUACUAAUAUUGACCAUAGAGAUUUCAAUUCUUUGUUCUGUGAGAUGAUCAAAAUUGUCUCAGAAGAGACUCCAUCAGCACGAGGAUGCACAGCAUCAGGCAUGAAGCUUUGAGCACUGUAUGCAGUUCCUGGGUUAGGUGACCUUUGGUGUGAUGUGUUCCCACUUGGGGAAGGUCUGUCAUGUGACUGUGGAGCAGCUGUCCAUCAGAAGUGGGUGCCUAAUUUAUCAGGAAAAGUAAAGGUGGCAGAGGAUUGAAAUCCAGCUACCAUGUGCCAUGCCUUUGACACGGUGAACUACUGACCAUUCACUGCAUCUAUGGUGAUUAGAACAAAUGUAAUCAUCUUAACCAUCGAAUACAGCCAGGAACAGCAUUACUUGUAGCCAAAUUUUUCUUUCUGUAUUUGUGAUAUUGAAAUGUUUGUUUCACUGUCUAGAACAGUGUGAUUUUGCCACAGAGUAUGCGAGUUUUCCAGUUUCUUGAUCUCAUUUAUAUAGUUUACAUAUGCGAUUAUGAUCUUCUGAUACCUAAUAAGCAUCAGUUGUUAGUACAGGAUUUUAUUAAGUUUGAGCUUAAAGUUCAUAUUUUUUUUAAAUAUCCUCAUGUUUUACAUUACCUGGAAUGUUGGAUGGAUAUCAGCAUUAUUUAAAAAUCUCUUUAUUAUA